AUGGAGCAGCUCGUGCUGGGUGGUAACACGUUUGACCACCACGCCUACGUCCGCUACGCUACCGAUGUUACCUUCCAACAGCGUAACAUGCCGUCGGGCAAAAUGAAGGAGCGCGCGGCGUAUUACAGUGCGAAGCAUCACCUUCAUGGCUACAAGGUAGAGGUGUCAGUAUUACCCAAUGGGCUUGCCUUGAACUGUACAAAGCAUUACCUUGGUAUCGAAGCCGAUAUUGAGAUUUUCCGUCACAACCACGCCUUUCACCUUCAGCACCUUCUCAAGAGCUCAAGCUUAAGGAAUAUGGCGGAUGAGAGUUCGAUGAAGGACAAGUAUCCGGAUUCGUGGUGCGUACUUGCGGACAAAGGCUAUCAAGGUUUAGCUGAUGCCCUUCGCGCGAUUACCCCAAUCAAGAAAAGACCACUACAGCAACUGACACUGGACGAAGGCAGGACAAAUGAUCGCAUUGCACACGACCGAGUCAUUGUCGAAAACUACUUCGGGCGAUUGACAACGUUGUGGGGCAAUGUGCUCCGACAAGUAUCGAUUGGACGAGAAUAACUCUGACAUGUUCUUUCGCUCCUGCGUCGCUCUUACAAACUUUCAUGUGCGGAUCCUUCCGCUACGCGACGAAGACGGAGAGAACUACUCGAACUAUUUGAAGCGUCUUCAACUUCUUGGAAAUGAAAUGAGAGCAAAGCGGUUGGAAGUGCAGCGCCGCUAUCGGGAAAAACGUCGAAUGCGCCUUCGCGGAAUGUUAACUGCUCAUAUCGAACGUCCUGUUUCAGGAAGCCAUCGUAUUCGUGCGAUGGUUAACAGCGACUCAGAGAGUGAGGAUUUAUUAGACCACGAGAGCUACGUAUUCAGUUAGUAGAGAUUCGCCGGUUGUUCUUUUUGCGACUUAGAGUUUGAGAAUAUUUUCAAUGAUUUGGUAAAUGAAUCGCUCAAAGAGCAAAGGCAAACAAAUC